CCGUUGUAAGCAAAUAUGGAGAGAUAAAGGCAUUGAAAAGAAAAGAAGAAGUAUGCCUAUAUUACCAUAAGCUUUUAAAAUGGCAAUACGGGAACUGAAAGUGUGUCUUCUUGGGGAUACUGGAGUGGGCAAGUCUAGUAUUGUAUGUCGUUUUGUACAAGACCAUUUCGACCACAACAUCAGUCCAACGAUAGGGGCAUCGUUUUUAACCAAGACGGUACCGUGUGGACAUGAACUACACAAGUUCCUCAUCUGGGACACAGCGGGACAGGAAAGGUUCCACUCGCUGGCCCCCAUGUACUACAGAGGCUCUGCCGCCGCUGUCAUCGUCUACGACAUCACCAAACUGGACUCUUUCCAGACACUGAAGAAAUGGGUGAAGGAGCUGAAAGAACAUGGUCCUGAGGACAUCGUUGUAGCCAUCGCAGGGAACAAAAACGACUUGGGGGACAUCAGGGAAGUUCCUAUGAAGGAAGCUAAGGACUUUGCUGAGUCCAUCGCAGCUAUCUUCAUGGAGACCAGCGCCAGAAACGCUGUCAAUGUGGAGGAGCUCUUUCAGAAGAUCAGUAAACAGAUUCCGCCCCUGGAGAAUCCAGAUUUAGAGAGUAAUGAGUCCUUCAAGAUAAUCCGGCAGCCCCCUCCGUCUAACAAACGCUGCUGCUAGUAAGACCCCCGUCCGAGUCCCAAAUAGACCCCUACCAACCUACCCCCUAGGCCCUACCCCCCUAGCACCUUACGCCCUAGGUAUUUCUGUAGAUCUCAAGGGGAUUGUACUGGUGUAGUAUGAUCGAAUAUGUUGGAAACUCUACCUGUCUUAUCUCAGGGAAAGGUGGCGAUAUUAUCGUGUUACCACACUGCUUACACCUAUCCUAUACUUUCAGAUCGGUAUGAAGUCGCUAGGCCUUAGGGGUAAGGGGCAAGGGGUCAGUUUGGAAUUCAGCAUCCGAUUGCCAGUGAGAUUAUCACUCUCUUUGGUACCAUUCCAUACACAGUUCCAUGGAUCAAGUCCACACAUCCCUCUUGACACACGAGUCACAAUGUAGAGUUGGUAUACACAACAGCUGGAUAGUUCAGCUCCCGAUUGCCCCUUUCGACAGUCCACAAUGGAUAUACAAUACAUGGGUCUCAUGGAGAGAGGAGGACAACAAGGCUUUGGCUUUGUGAUAGAUCAGAACCUCUCCCCUAUAUAGCGUAGUGAACAGAGUGUCCCAAGUCUAGAAACCGUCCCUAUAACCCAUAUAAAGCUAGUUGGACAUUUCGCCAUAUUGUACCUAUUCUACCUACUAGAUAUAUCCAGGAUAUAUCCAGGACAACCGGGCCGUGAUUGGGAGUCCCCAUAGGGCGACGCACAAUUGGCCCAGCGUCGUCCGGGUUUGUCCGGCGUAGGCCCGUCAUUGUAAAUAAGAAUAUUUGUUCUUAAACUGACUUGCCAAGUUAAAUAAAGGCUCAAUUAAUAAAAAGAAUGUUGAAAUCUAGUUAAAUAAAGGUUACAUUUCAAUUAUACUCCUGUGCCUUGGUACCGUGUGCUGUAGGCGUAAUUUCUGGAUAUAGAGAGGAACCAGUGUUUAGUGGGAUAUGUUUUAGCAGCACAGAAAAAUAAACAUUUCAUCUUUUUAGAAAUAGAGAAAAAAAAUAAGAAUCUAAAUUUUAAAUUGAAUAUAUAUAUAUUUUUUUUCAUUUAAUCUUUAUUUAACUAGGCAAGUCAGUUAAGAAUAAAUUCUUAUUUACAAUGACUGGCCUUACCGGAAAAUCAAAAACAUGUUAAUAAAAUAACUUAUGACUUGAGAUUACAUUCCGAAUACUGAUACGAUAUAGAGCUUAUGAAUUCUCAUUCCCGAACAAUGCGGUCAUCAGAUGUGUAGAUCCAUUGAUUGUAUUGCUGCACCGUUGCUCCAGUAUUACAGUGAUAGGAGUUAAUAUCCAUUUAUUGCAUGAAUUUGGUCUCACCGACCGUCGUUGUCUUUUGCCCCAUUGAACGCUUGUAAACUCAGGAGAGAAAAAAAGAAACGUCCCUUUUUCAGGACCCUGUCUUUCAAAGAUAAUUCGUUAAAAAUCCAAAUAACUUCACAGAUCUUCAUUUGUAAAGGGUUUAAACACUGUUUUCACAUGCUUGUUCAAUGAACCGUAAACAAUUAAUGAACAUGCACCUGUGGAACAGUCGUUAAGACACAGACGGUAGGCAAUUAAGGUCACAGUUAUGAAAACUUAGGACACUAAAGAGGCCUUUCUACUGACUCUGAAAAACAUCAAAAGAAAGAUGCCCAGGGUCCCUGCUCAUCUGCGUGAACGUGCCUUAGGCAUGCUGCAAGGAGGCAUGAGGACUGCAGAUGUGGCCAGGGCAAUAAAUUGCAAUGUCCGUACUGUGAGAUGCCUAAGACAGCGCUACAGGGAGACAGGACGGACAGCUGAUCAUCCUCGCAGUGGCAGACCACGUGUAACAACACCUGCACAGGAUCGGUACAUCCGAACACUACACCUGCGGGACAGGUACAGGAUGGCAACAACAACUGCCCGAGUUACACCAGGAACGCACAAUCCCUCCAUCAGUGCUCAGACUGUCCGCAAUAGGCUGAGAGAGGCUGGACUGAGGGCUUGUAGGCCUGAUGUAAGGCAGGUCCUCACCAGACAUCACCGGCACAAACCCACAGUUGCUGGACCAGACAGGACUGGCAAAAAGUGCUCUUCACUGACAAUUAGCGGUUUUGUCUCACCAGGGGUGAUGGUCAGAUUUGCGUUUAUUGUCGAAGGAAUGAGCGUUACACCGAGGCCUGUACUCUGGAGCGGGAUCGAUUUGGAGACACCAGAUACUGACUGUUACUUUUGAUUUUGACCCCCCCCCUUUGUUCAGGGACACAUUAUUCAAUUUCUGUUAGUCACAUGUCUGUGGAAAUUGUUCAGUUUAUGUCUCAGUUGUUGAAUCUUGUUAUGUUCAUACAAAUAUUUACACAUGUUAAGUUUACUGAAAAUAAACGCAGUUGACAGCGAGAGGACGUUUCUUUUUUUUAGUUUUUUUGCUGAGUUUAUAUGUACAUGCCUGUAUAGCACACAUGUAGAAUAUGUAUUUCUGAGAAUGUACUGUAUAAGAUGUUCAUAAUGUAUAUGAAGGACUAGGUUGCAUGAGCACAUGAAUGCAUCGUAGGGCGGCAGAUAUCCUAGCAGUUAAGAGCUUUUUGGCCAGUAACCGAAAGGUCGCUGGUUCGAAUCCCCAAGCCUAUUAGGUGUAGAAAUCUGACGAUGUACCCUUGAGCAAUGCACUUAACCCUGAUUGGUCCUCUAAGUCGCUCUGGAUAAGAGCAUCUUCAAAAUGACUCAAAAAUUUUAAAAUAAUUUGUAAAGGUCAUGUUAAUUGACUGAUAUUAUCUCAUAGAACAAAAUGUAGAAGAUCUCUUAAGCCCGUGUUAACUUCUGACCUUAUUUUGGGCGUAUAUCCCAGAACCCCAUUCUUUUUCCCCAUUUAAUUUCCCCUAUAGGAAUGCCCAACGAACCAGAGGUAGAAAAUGCUAACACGUUUCUGCUUUUAGGACUACAAUCUGGCGAGCUCUAUAGGGCCAGAUGCAGAGAUAGAUAGAUUGGCAAAUUACUGCGUCUGUGUAGAAAAACAGGGGACCCAUAGGCUUUUGGAUUUGACCGCUUUUAUGUCAUUUUAUUUGUAGUUUGAGCACUUUUUCAUGGAAAAUUGUUGAUUCAGUAUUCGUUUUUGAUGACUACAUUCCCUUACGAUUGUCCAUCGAUAGCUGAAUUGCUACAGUGGAUUGAAAUGUCCACAGAACUGAAUGGAAUAUGGAGUUUACAGCAACACUGCAAUGUCAUAUUGUAAAAAAAAUGUUUUGUACUUUGUAGGUAGAUAUAAUACUUUUUUUUUUUUUACUAUCAGGAUUUUAUACAAUAUUUUGAAUUAGUCAGUGUACAGGUAUUUACCAUGAGAUGUUAACACACAAUACUGUUCUGGAUUCUUCUGUACAAGUUUGACCGAUGUCCAGGUGUGGCAACAAUCAAUAAUCUGAUCAAACUAGAUUUGCACAUUUCUUGCCCUGAAUGCCUUCCAUCACAGUCCAUUGUGCAAUGUAAACAAAUGCCUUUGUGUUAGUUUUUCCCCCCUGUAGACAAAAUCGAAUAGGAAAUUGAUUAUUAUUCAUAGUUUUAAAUUGUAAAACAUUUUUUUUGUGUGCUUGAGUGAAGUUAUACCCUUUUCUAUAUCCUAUGCAGACCAGAUUAACAUUUGAUAUAUUCAUCUGUAUAAUAAUAAAAUGGUCAUUUCUA